AUGCCUAAUGUGCUUUCCAAAAUUCCUAUGCCUUAAUCAUUUCAAAAUAAGGCACUUUCAGGAGCAUUGUUAGUUUUAAUAUUAAUGAUUGUCAAAUCGAAAAAAGAGGCAUCAUCUCCUAGAAAGAUACCCAGAAGACAAGGACAAGGGAAUGUUGAUUAAGUAUUUAUAAACAGAAUUUUGGAUCUAUUGAAAAUUGUUAUUCCUUCAAUAAAAAGUAUGGAAGUGGUGGAUUUGAGUGUGCUAACAGUAUUUUUAGUUAUUCGUACUAUGAUGAGUAUCUAUAUUUCAUCAUUAAAUGGUAGAAUAGUUAAAACAAUUAUUAAUGGUGAUUUGUAAAAGUUUAUUAAAAAAAUUGUCUAAUUAGGUUUAGUUGCUGUGCCUGCAAGCUUUGUUAAUAGUUAUUUGGAAUAUUUAAACAAAUCACUUUCAUUAAGAUUUAGAAGGAGAUUAACUGAAUACUUCCAUGAUUAAUACAUCAAGAAUAUGAUUUUUUAUUAAGUUUCCAAUUUAGAUAGUCGAGUUACUAAUCCUGAUUAGAGAUUAACUACAGAUAUAGAAAAGUGGGCAAAUUCAUUAUCUCAAAUAUAUUCUAAUUUUUCUAAACCUGUGUUAGAUAUAUUCUUGUUCUCAAAAAAAUUAGCUGUUUCUAUUGGUUAUUAAGGACCUAUGUAUGUGUUCUUAUGGUAUUUCUUUUCAGGAGUAUUAUUAAAAAUAGUAUCCCCAGCUUUUGGUAAAUUAACUGCAAUUGAUUAAAAAUUGGAAGGUGAAUACAGAAGUGUUCAUAGUCAAUUGUUAUAUCAUGCAGAAGAAGUAGCAUUUUUAUAAGGAUAAAAUUGGGAAAAACUUAAAAUUAAUUAAUCCUAUUAACAAUUAAACAAGCAUUAAAUAGUUGUGAAUAAACUCAGAUUAUUUAUGGGUAUUUUUGAUGGACUUCUUGUUAAAUAUGGUGCAGUUAUGGCUGGAUAUGGAAUUAUGGGAUUACCUGUAUUUGGACCUAAUAGAGAAGAGUAUUUGAAAAAAAUUGGAAAUGAUAAAAGUGCCAUUACAAGAGAUUAUGUAAGUAAUAGUUCACUUUUGAUAAAUUUGGCAAAAGCAAUUGGUAGAUUAGUUGUUAGCUACAAAGAAAUAUAAUAAUUAGCUGGAUACACAAGGGUUGUUUAUGAAAUAAAAGAAGUAUUAUCUGAUCUAACCUCUGGAUAUUAUAGACGAACUUAAGUUUAAUAAGAAAAUGAAACUGGAUAAGUAGUGAUAGAUUAAGGAAAGCAUUAAACAAUAUAAUUAGAUAAAGGAUAAAUUAUUUAAACAGAUGACAUUAUUGAAUUUGAAAAUGUACCAAUUAUUUCUCCUAAUGGGGAUACACUUAUUAAAGGGAUGUCAUUUAAAAUUACUCCUGGAAUGAAUGUUAUCAUUAGUGGACCAAAUGGAUGCGGUAAAUCAUCUCUAUUCAGAAUUUUGGGAGCUCUAUGGCCAGUCUAAGGAGGUACUCUAUAUAGACCUGCAAUUGAUAAAUUAUUUUAUAUUCCUUAAAGACCUUAUUUGCCACCAGGAACUUUGAGAGAUUAAAUUAUUUAUCCUCAUACAAAAUUAUAAAUGUUAAGAAGAAAGAUAAAUGAUUAAGAUUUGAUUAAAUUAUUAGAGGAUGUUUAAUUAGAAUAUCUUGUUUAUAGGGAAAGAGGUUUAGAUGCAGCCAAUGAUUGGAAUGAUGUUUUGAGUGGAGGAGAAAAACAACGAAUUGCAAUGGCAAGAUUAUUCUAUCAUAAACCUUAAUAUGCUAUAUUAGAUGAAUGUACAUCUUCUGUUAGCAUGGACAUUGAAGCUAUCAUGUAUAAUAAAGCCAAAGCAUUAAAUAUUACUUUGUUUACAGUAUCACACAGACAAUCAUUAUUUAAAUUCCAUGAGUACAUUCUCAAAUUUGAUGGAGAAGGAAAAUAUUGGUUCAAUAAAUAGAAUAUUUGAGAAUAAUAUAAAUAAUAAAUUAGUAAGACAAGUCAAUUUUACAUAUUA